AGUCCAUCUGGUCCAGGCCCCUGCCUUUGGGUGCCUAACCGGCUCCACCUUUCAGCCCCGCCCCUCUUUCCUUUGCAGACAAGAUGCAACGACUGUGUGUGUGCGUGCUGAUCUUGGCACUGGCUCUGACCGCCUUCUCUGAAGCUUCCUGGAAGCCCCGCUCCCAGCUGCAGGAUGCACCCUCGGGUCCAGGGGCCAACAGGGGCCUGGAACCACAUUGGCUGAACCGGCUGGGCCCAGCCUCUCACCACCGACGGCAGCUAGGGCUCCAGGGUCCCCCACAGCUGGUGGCAGACCUGUCCAAGAAGCAGGGACCGUGGCUGGAGGAAGAAGAAGCAGCAUACGGAUGGAUGGACUUCGGCCGCCGCAGUGCAGAGGACAGGGACCAACAUCCCUAGAACGGAGCUUCAGAGCCCAGCCUCUCCCAGUCCAGCCCAGCCCAGCCCCAUGAAAAACCAAUCAAAAUAAACUAGCUUCCAAUGGAUCACGUUGUGUCAAGUGUGGGGCAGGAGAGGGGAGUUGGUGGAGACACGGUUGAGGUAACAGAGAGAACGGAGAACCCUCUUGGGGACGG